AAAAAUUACAAUUUGGAUGUGAGAAAGGACAUGAGGAGACUAAAGACCUGGGAUUUUGCUGAUCAGAAUGAAACCAAUGUUGAAGGACUUUUCAAAUCUAUUGUUGGUGGUGCUCUGUGACUAUGUUCUUGGAGACUCUGAACAUCUGCUUUUGGGAGAGCCGGGCCAUGUAGCACUAAGCAACAAAACAGUGUCUGUGGAUUUCCAGUAUUUUGAUGGCGCUAACGGGACUCUGAGGAAUGUAUCUGUCCUGCUGCUGGAGGCCAACACCAAUCAGACUGUGACCACCAAGUAUCUCCUGACCAACCAGUCCCGCGGAACACUCGAAUUUGAAUGCUUCUAUUUCAAGGAGGCUGGUGACUACUGGUUCACAAUGACCCUGGAAGUGACAGACAACAGCACUCCAGUUGCCUGGUGGGAGAAAAGUGCCUUUCUAAAGGUGGAAUGGCCUGUCUUUCACAUCGACUUGAAUAGGACAUCCAAAGCAGCCGAAGGCACCUUCCAGGUGGGCCUUUUUACCAAUCAACCACUCUGCCCAUUUCCUGUGGACAGGCCUGACAUGUUGGUGGAUGUUGUCUUCACCAACAGUCUUCCCCAGGCAAGAACAAGUCCAGGACAGCCACUGGAGAUAAGGACCAGCAAAAGGACAGAACUCGCUCAAGGGCAGUGGGUUGAGUUUGGCUGUGCACCUGUGGGGCCGGAAGCCUAUGUCACCGUAGUGCUGAAGCUGCUUGGCCGAGACUCGGUCAUCACCUCCGCAGGGCCCAUCGACCUGGCCCAGAAAUUCGGAUACAAACUAGUGAUGGUGCCAGAACUCACGUGUGAGUCUGGGGUGGAGGUGGUGGUGCUACCCCCGCCGUGCAUCUUUGUGCAAGGCGUGAUUGCCGUCUUCAAGGACGCCCCCAGACGUCCUGGGGAGAGGACCACUCAGCUGGCCGAAAGCAGCCUGCCCCUGGGAGAGAAGAGGACAGUAUUUAACUGCUCUUUGUUUGACAUGGGGAAGAAUAAAUACUGCUUUGUCUUCGGCAUUUCAAGCAGAAGCCAUUUUUCCACAAAGGAGGAGGAGUGUGUGCUAAUUCAGAGAAAUAUAGAAUCUUGGGGACUGUGGCAGCCAUGGAGCCAGUGUAGCACCACAUGUGGGGAUGGUGUCAGAGAGCGUCGCCGAGUGUGUCUCACUUCCUUCCCCUCUAGAGCUGGUUGCCCUGGAAUGUCCUUGGAGAUGUCACCAUGUUCCCUGGAGGAGUGUGCUGCUUCGCGGCCAUCCAGCCCGUCUCCUCUUCAGCCCCAGGGACCGGUGAGGUCCAGCAACCUGGUGACCGUCACGGGGAUCUCCCUGUGCCUGCUCAUCAUCGCGGCCACCGUGCUCAUCACGCUGUGGCGGCGCUGCGGCCGCGCCCCCGAGUGUGGCGCCCCCGCGCGACAGACGCCCGGGGACGACGCGGCGGGCAGCCAGGGCGUCCAGUCCGGCGCCCACAGGAUCAUCCCGCCCCUGUUCAGCUACCGCCUGGCGCAGCAGCAGUUGAAGGAGAUGAAGAGGAAAGGCCUGACCGAAACCACCAAAGUGUACCACGUGUCCCAGAGUCCCCUGACGGACACUGCCAUCGACGCCGCCGCCGGCCCCCCGCUCGACCUGGAAAGCCCCGAAGCAGCGGCAGCGAGCAGGUUCCGGAUCAGGUCCCCGUUUCCGGACCAGCCGGUGGUCAGUGCCGGCGACAGGCCGCCCUCCAGGCUGGAUGUCAGUGUGUCGCAGGCCAGUUGUGCCGUAAGCCCCAGCCAGACCCUGAUCCGCAAGUCACAGGUGAGGCCGGUGGGCAGCAGAGGGGACCUGUCGGAGAGGAGCCACCCCAGGAGUUCCCAGUUCAGGAGAACGGCCAGUUUCCAUGAAACCAAGCAGGCCCGGCCGUUCAGGGAGAGGAGCAUGUCCAGUCUGACUCCAGGACAGGCCCCCGCCUACAGUUCCAGGACGCGGGCCUGGGACCAGGCCGGGGACAGAGGGAGGCCGCACAGUCGAGGCGUCCCCCUGCUUCCUGAGAAACUGGAGCAGUGCCCAGGGGCAGGUGGAGGCAGUCGUCCCUUAAGCCCUCUCCCCAAAUCCUGCACCUCGGGGCAGCCCUCCAGGAAACCAGACGUGGGGGACUGCCUGGCAGGAUUCGUGGCAGGAGUCGAGAGAACGGAGCCUCACCGAGCUCGGAGGGGACCGUCCCCCAGUCACAGGAGCGUCUCAAGGAAGCAGUCUUCCCCUGUUUCCCCCAAAGAUAGCUACCAGAGGGUCAGUCCUCUAAGUCCCUCUCCAUGUAGAAAAGACAAGUGUCAGAGCUUCCCGGCCCACCCCGGGUUCGCCUUCUAUGACAACACGUCGUUCGGCCUCACUGAGGCUGAGCAGAGGAUGCUGGACCUUCCGGGGUAUUUUGGGUCAAAUGAAGAGGAUGAAACCACAAGUACACUCAGUGUGGAGAAGCUGGUCAUCUAGACCGAGGUCAGCGGGAGACUUCACAGCUGGGUCCUUUGCCCAGGUCGUGCUAUCCACGGCUCACAUUGUCCUGUGGACUGUUCUCUGUCACUGUUUGUACAGGGGGACGGAAUGUGG